CGAGGCCAGACCCCAUACAGGUGAAGGUGGCCGGGCCGAGCCGAGCCGAGCCGGGCUGGGCUGAACCGAGCCGGGCUGAGCCGAGCCGGGGCGGGGACGGGGCGGGGGUGCUGCGAUCGCACCGCCCCACGCCGCAGGAAGCGCCGCCCGUGCCCUUUCUUCCUCCUCCUCCUCCUCCUCCCGUGGUGGCGGCGGUGGCGGCUCGGCGAUGCAGCAGCACUUCUCCCUGGCCGACUGCGAGGUGGUGGGCUUCGACCUGGACCACACGCUCUGCCGCUACCACCUCCCGCAGAGCGAGCGGCUAAUAUAUGAUAGUUUUGCCCAGUAUCUGGUAACGGAGAAGGGUUACGACAAAGGCUUGCUCAGUCUAACUCCAGAAAGCUUAGACUUCUGUUGUAAAGGCUUGGUUUUGGACCUUGAAGAUGGAAACUUCCUGAAACUUGCAGAAGAUGGAACGGUUUUGAGGGCAAGCCAUGGCACUAGGAGCAUGACAUCUGAGGAAGUCCUGGAGAUUUAUGGAAGAAGGGAAUGGAAGCAUUUUAGUGCAGUAAGGGGAAUGCUUUCCCGCUCAGGUAAAUACUAUUUGUAUGAUAAUUACUUUGAUCUACCAGGAGCCCUCCUGUGUGCAAGGGUUGUGGACAGUUUAGAUCAGCACGAUGGUCAGAAAAAAUAUGAUUUCUGGAAGGACAUGGUUGCUGCUAUCCAGCAUAAUUACAAAAUAACAGCUUUUAAAGAAGAAUGUGGGAUGUAUUUCCCAGAAGUGAAAAAUCAUCCAGACAAAUACUUACAAAGAUGUCCCGAGUCUGUAAAAAAGUGGCUAAAACAACUGAAGAGUGCUGGGAAGAUUCUGCUAUUAAUUACCAGUUCUCACAGUGACUAUUGCAGGCUCCUGUGUGAAUAUAUUCUUGGGAACGAUUUUGAAGAGUAUUUUGACAUUGUGAUCACAAACGCUUUGAAACCUGGUUUCUUUUCCCAUACCCCAAACCAAAGACCUUUCCGAACUCUUGAGAAUGACGAGGAGCAGGAGGCUCUGUUAUCACUGGACAAGCCGGGGUGGUAUUCCCAAGGUAAUGCUAUCCAUCUUUAUGAACUACUGAAGAAGAUGACUGGCAAGCUGGAUCCCAAGGUUGUUUAUUUUGGUGACAGCAUGCACUCAGAUAUUUUCCCAGCUCAUCACUAUAGCAACUGGGAAACUGUCUUCAUCUUAGAGGAGCUUCUAGGGGACAAAGUUAUGGUGCCUGCAGAGACAGAAUCUGAGCCCUUGGAGAAGAAAGGAAAAUAUGAGAGUAAAACUUCAGAGCUCAGCUCCCUGCCCACUUCAAUUUUCUACAGGCCAUUGGGACAUCAGCCUAAAGCUCCCUACCAUAUAUCUAAACAGUGGGGCUCUUUCUUCGUGGACAGAUUGCCAGGCCUGGAAAAUGCAGAGGAAACCUUAGUUCGCACAUGGUCCUGUAAAUGCAUUAGCACUUACAGCACUAUUGCAAUCCCUAGUCUUGAAGCAAUAGCAGAUUUACCACUGGAUUAUAGAUUUACACGAUUUUCCUCAAAUAGCUCAGCAACUUCUGGGUACUAUCCAAGCCCUCCAAGAGCCCUGCUGACAAGUGAGGAGUCAGUGACUAUGAAAUAGGUUGUUGGCUUUUCUUAAAUAACCCUGUGGUCCUUUCUUAACUGCUAUCAAGUGCUAAUUGGUGAAAAUGGUGUUUGAUGCUUCAUAAAAUGGAAUGAUGGAUUAAAGCAGACUGCUGUGUAGA